AUGGCUGACGAAGUGAUUCAUAGCUUGGAAAACAUGAAACUAACCCCGGAGGAGGAGGAAGUGAUAGAGGUAUCUGACGAAGGAAGACAAGAGGAGAUUGAGAGUUGUACACUAAGCUUACUGGGAAAGCUUCUCACGUGUAAACCAUUCAACAAAAAGGCAGCGAUAAACACAUUUAAGAAGGCGUGGGGGUUAGAAGAAGGAGUUCACAACAUGGAGGUGGGCUCAAAUCUGUUUCAAUUCAAAUUCCAAAAAGAGUUUGAGAUGAAAAGGGUUUUCAAAGGAGGCCCUUGGACGUUCGACAACCAAGCACUUAUGCUUUGUCGGUGGCAGAUGGGUUUGACAGCACGUAACGUGAAGUUUGAUUCAAUACCGAUGUGGGUGCAAAUUUGGGACGCACCAUUUGACAUGGUUUCUCCCAAGGUGGCCGUGGAAGUGGGGAGUAGGUUGGGAGUGGUAGUAGAGGAGGAGAAGCGACUGAAGCUUGUAGAAAGAGUUCAAAGGAGGAUCAAAAGUAUUUGUAGAAAGAACAGGAGACUCAUUUGGAAAGAUUUCUAA